AUGAGACCCAUGACCUUGUGGUAUUUGAUUGGAUUGUCGCCCGAAAGACCCCAAAACAAGAGUAUUAUGAAGCGAGUGACGAGUCUAAUGGCACUCUCGAUGGCUAUUCUUGCGAUGGUUUACUACACGACACAAUCCAAUGACACCAAAGAACUACUGAUGGCUUCGGCCACACAAUCCAUAACGGGUUCGUCGAUCGGACAACAAGUCAUGUGUUCUCAAGACUAUACCGAAGACAGGGUUCGGUUCCCUUCGUGUGCGCCUCAAAGAUGCGGUCGUUUUGUGUCCGAUUCGGUGAUCACUGAACCGGAAGCCAAACACUUGUUAUCAAUGGCGAGGAGAGGCUUAUCAUUGGGCGGCUCUUCGGGCGACUACUCUGUCCUCCACUUGCAUUCGGGCGCUCUUUCAAUGGGAACUAAUUACGUGAAUAUCCAUAAACUCAUGGAAAGUACGCAACAAACGGAAGAGCUGUUUACCAAAAAAGACUUAGAAGUCUACAGAACUGUGACGAACAGAAUCCGCGAAACAAUUGCAGACCAUUUCGGCUCCCUACUGAAGCACGACGUGUAUUGGGUGCGACACAUCGACAAACAAAACUCAUGGUGCUAUCAAUUNUAUUUGUCGACAUAUGGCGCGGACUUCUCCGGCGGACGCUUUAUAUUGACGGACGAGAAGUCGAACCAUACAAUUGAGCCUAAGUUGGGACGAGUCUCGGGGUUCACGUCCAGCUCAGAGAACGAGCACUUCGUCGAGAGGGUCACCUCCGGGGUCCGACAUUCGCUGCUAAUGGGCUUCACGUGUAACACCUUUCACCCAAAUAUAGAGAACCCGAACCAUAGGCUUAUAAUACUCGCCGUUAGACUCAAGUACUCCUCGAAAGACAUUUUCAACGAUACCUCGUAUAUAAUGGUCGGUUCGGACGGAAAGGCUAGAAAAAGGCUAGAAAUUACAUAA